GCCCUUUUGAAUGCAGUCAGCACCAUUUCUGCGAGAGACAAACGCAGAGGAGGAAAGGCGAAAAAAACGUGGCCAAAAUAUUCCAGCGUAUCGGCUGCGGCAGCAUCAAAGGGAUGCCGGUCGUAACAUGGCUUAAAUGGAUGUGCUGCACAUCACGAUGACGACGGAGCUAUUGGGCGGCAACACAGCCCUCGUUUGAAGAGGAAUGUCCUGGGAUUCACGGUGGUUGGGCAACCCUGGCAGGACCAACCAGUCACCGGGCUGAGUCACACGUGGGAACGAGAUUCUGGUGGACGCCCUUUAAACAACCACUGUGGCCCACGGCAAACUGUGACUUCUUCAUAUCAGCUACAAGCUUAAGAUAAGGCAGUACAGUCAUCUUUCAGAGAGAGAUUUUUAUGAAUUUUAAUUUCACUGUUGCUUCGCUGGUAGGCGUGGCUACUCUGAAGCCCGGGAAAGCAAGGAUACAACAGAUGCCGAUUGGAUACAAUGUCGGUCACGUGAGUGAAUGUACACUAUACGAAACAAUUGUAGAAAAAGGGAAAUUUUCUAUUAUAUAUGAUCUUGAAUUCCAAUAUAUCGCCCGGUUUUCCUAUGUGGAAGGUGUCCUCAGGUGAGGCAACAGUCUUGCAUUCAUACCUGCAGAGACGGCAACAGCCAUUGGUUGGCAUCUCUAUCACGUGACUGAGAUUCUUGGCGGUAGCGCAAAAUUGAGGAUCAAAAUGGCGCUUAGGUGAUAGUCGGACAGAUGAAUGUCGUGCUCAAGAACGGUUUCCGGGGAUAUACGCGUCAGGAUUCACACAGAAAAUGUCGGAUAAGACAGCUCCAGGAUCCCAGCUGAGACUCGAAUGGGUUUACGGUUAUCGGGGCCAUCAGUGCCGAAAUAACCUGUACUAUACUGCGACCAAAGAGGUCGUGUAUUUUGUAGCUGGGGUGGGCGUCGUCUUCAACACACGGGAACACUCACAGAGAUUCUUCCUCGGACACAGCGAUGAUAUCAUAAGUCUUGCCCUUCAUCCAGAAAAAGUCCUGGUUGCGACUGGCCAGGUGGGGAAGGAUCCCUACAUCUGUGUGUGGGACACCUACAGCACCCAGACUAUCUCCAUCCUCAAGGAUGGGCACACCCACGGCGUGGCAGCUCUGGCCUUCGAUAAGGAAGGCAAUAGGCUGGCAUCAGUUGGGCUGGAUGGAGCCAACACGAUAAAUGUGUGGGACUGGAAGAAGGGCAAGAUCAUCUCUACAACCAAGGGGCACACUGAUCGGAUCUUUGAUAUCCAGUGGGACCCCUACAACAAGAACCGCCUGGUCAGCUGUGGCGUCAAGCACAUCAAGUUCUGGACAUUGUGUGGAAAUGCCCUAACUGCCAAAAAGGGCAUCUUUGGGAAAGUUGGGGAGAUUCAGACCAUCCUGUGCCUUGCAUUUGCCCCGGAUGAGGUUACCUUCACAGGGGUGCUCAAUGGGGAUGUCUACAUGUGGAAAGGCAACAAUCUCACGAGGGUCAUACAGAAUGCACACAAUGCUGGAAUCUUCACCCUGUAUGCAUGUGACGAGGGUUAUGCAUCAGGGUCCAGAGAUGGCUGCAUUAAGCUGUGGGAUACAGACUUCAAAACCAUCGCCAAGAUUGACCUGACUGAAUCAGAACAUGGGUACAAAGGAAUGUCCAUCCGAGCAGUGUGCUGGGGAGGGGACAGGAUACUUGCUGGCACACAGGACAGUGAGAUCUAUGAGAUUGCUCUGAGAGAAAGAGACAAGCCCAAACUGCUCAUGCAGGGACAUGCUGAAGGGGAGCUAUGGGGCCUUGGGGUUCAUCCAAAGCAGCCUCUCUUUGUAACAGGGAGUGAUGACCACAGUGUGAGGUUAUGGAGCAUGUCUGAUAACACACUGCUUGCACGGUGCAACAUGGACCAGGCCGUGAGAUCCCUUGCUUUCAGUGCAGAUGGCGGCCAUCUUGCUGUUGGCAUGAAAGAUGGAGGCUUUACUGUCCUAAAAACUAGGGAUUUCUCAGAAGUCAUUCAUGUAAAGGAGAGAAAAGAGGCCGUGCAUGAGAUCCGAUACUCUCCAGAUGGAAACUAUCUAGCUGUCGGGUCCAACGACAACUUUGUUGACAUCUAUGCAGUGGGGCAACACUACAAGAAGGUGGGCCAAUGUGGGAAGUCCUCCAGUUUCAUCACGCACAUGGACUGGUCAGAAGAUAGCAAGUACUUACAGACAAAUGAUGGGGCUGGAGAGAGGCUGUUUUACAGAAUGCCAGCUGGAAAGCAAGUGACCAACAGAGAAGAAAUCCAGUCCAUCCACUGGGCUUCCUGGACAUGUGUUAUUGGUCCAGAAGUAAACGGCAUCUGGCCCAAAUACUCCGAUGUCAAUGAUAUCAAUGCCACAGAUGCUAGCUUUGGGCAUGAGGUAGUUGUCACUGGGGACGACUUUGGCUUGGUGAAGAUGAUGAGAUUUCCCUGCCUUAAGAAAGGUGCCAAGUUUAGAAAGUACACCGGUCACUCCGCCCAUGUGACGAACGUGCGAUUUUCCCACGACAACUCUCGAGUAGUGACAGUGGGGGGAGGGGACCACUCCAUCUUCCAAUGGAGGUUCAUCCCAGAAGGAAUGGAUGGAGACAUAGGUGCCAAUUCAGGCUAUGCAGAUUCUAACAGCGAGGAGAGUGACUCGGAUCUGUCCGACGUGGAUGAGCUGGACACAGACAUCGAGCAGGAGAACCAGAUCAGCUAUGAUCGAGCUGUCUACAAGGAGGACCUCCCUCAGCUCAAGAAAAACAUCAAGAGAGACAAGACAGGACAGAAGAGGAACAAGGCUCCAGAAGAAGGCAUUAAGUUAGAAUUUGUACAUGGGUACCGUGGUUACGACUGCCGUAACAACCUGUUCUACACCCAGACCGGGGAGGUGGUGUACCAUGUGGCAGCUGUAGGGAUUGUGUACAACAGGGAUAACCACUCACAGAAGUUCUACCUGGAACAUACAGAUGACAUACUGUGUCUCUGCAUACAUCCCCUGAAGGACUUUGUCGCAACAGGACAGGUUGGCAGAGACCCAGCUAUCCAUGUCUGGGACACAGAGACAAUGAAGCCGUUAUCUGUACUCCGGGGAGGCCAUCAGAGGGGGAUCUGUGCUGUAGACUUCUCUGGAGAUGGGAAGAAACUUGCAAGUGUAGGACUGGAUGACAAUCACAGUAUUGUGAUGUGGGACUGGAAGAAAGGCGAGAGGCUGGCCACCACACGGGGCCACAAGGACAAGAUCUUUGUUUUGAAGUGCAAUCCACAUAACACUGACCACUUAGUUACUGUUGGAAUCAGACACAUCAAGUUCUGGACACAGGCAGGGGGUGGAUUCACCUCCAAGAGAGGCACCUUUGGAAACAUAGGGAAGCUGGACACGAUGAUGUGUGUAGCAUAUGGAAAGACAGAGGAUUCCGUGUUUUCUGGAGGAGCCAAUGGAAUGGUAUACAUGUGGCAAGGAACAAAUCUUUUGAAGACAGUCAAGGCUCAUGAUGGUCCAGUAUUUGCCAUGCAUGCAUUGGACAAGGGCUUUGUUACUGGAGGGAAGGAUGGAGUGGUAGGAUUGUGGGAUGACCAGUUUGAAAGAUGUCUGAAAACCUAUGCCAUCAAGAGAGGUGCCCUGGCCCCCGGGUCCCGGGGAGUUCUGCUGGAGGACUGUCCAUCAAUCCGGGCCAUCACACUGGGACACGGCCAUAUCCUGGUGGGAACCAAGAAUGGGGAGAUUCUGGAGGUAGACAAGAGUGGACCAAUGAACAUCCUUGUGCAGGGUCACAUGGAGAAUGAGGUAUGGGGCCUGGCCUGCCAUCCAAGCAAGGACCAUUGUGUGACCAUCAGUGAUGACAAGACACUGCGAGUUUGGGACCUGUCCCCAGAACACCGCAUGUUGAAUGUCAGGAGGUUACGCAAAGGGGGACGGUGUUGCUGUUACUCUCCAGAUGGCAAGGCCAUAGCAGUAGGUCUUAGUGAUGGGAGUUUCCUGGUAGUCAAUGCUGACACACUAGAAGACAUGGUCACCUUCCAUCAUAGGAAAGAGAACAUUUCUGACAUCAGGUUUUCUCCAGACCCAGGAAAGUACCUUGCAGUUGCAUCCCAUGACAACUUUGUGGAUAUCUACAAUGUUCUGAGUAGCAAAAGAGUGGGCAUCUGCAAAGGUGCAUCCAGCUAUAUCACACACAUCGACUGGGACAGAAAGGGAAAGUUGUUGCAAGUCAACACAGGUGCAAAAGAGCAGCUAUUCUUCGAGGCACCAAGAGGCAAGAGGCAAACCAUUCGGUCAACAGAUGUGGAGCAGAUUGACUGGUCCUCCUGGACAUGUGUGCUGGGCCACACCUGUGAGGGGAUCUGGCCUGUCCACAGUGAUGUUACUGACGUCAACUCAGCAUGUUUGUCCCACGACAAGAGAGUGCUGGCCACAGGAGAUGAUUUUGGCUUUGUUAAACUGUUUGAAUAUCCUGCCAAGGGGCAGUAUGCCAAAUUUAAGAAGUACAUAGGACACAGUGCCCAUGUGACUAAUGUGAGAUGGAGCCAUGAUGACAGGAUGCUGGUGUCUGUUGGUGGUGCUGACACGUCAGUGUUGGUGUGGGCACACAACUCACCAGGCUCCAGGCAGAACGGACUCAAGGGGGAGAGUGAAGACUCUGAAACUGACUCUGAGGAGGAAGGAGGCUAUGACAGUGAUGUGCAGAGGGAGAAGGAUAUUGAUUACACUACAAAAACCUAUGCUGUAAACAUCAGAGAAACAAGUGGUACCAAACCCCAUUUACAGCAGAAACAGCCAACUGGAGAGGAAAGGAAGGGGAUUGUGAAAGGAUCCAGGCCCACUGUCAGUAGGGGUGGAGCACCUACUCCCAGGGUACAGAAACUGGAGAAGGGAGAGACCAACAAGAGAAGAAAGGGAGUUGUGGAGGACCUGGUGCUCACAACUAUCCAUGGGUACAGAGGGUUUGACACCAGAAACAACCUGCACUACAUCAACGAUGGGGCAGAUAUUGUGUACCAUGCAGCAGGAGCGGGUAUCAUACACAACCUCGCAACAGGCAAUCAGAGUUUCUACUUGGAGCACACAGAUGAUAUCAUCUGCCUCACCAUCAAUCAGCACCCCAAGUUUAAGAGCAUCAUUGCCACAGGACAGAUCGGCCAGGUCCCCUCAGUCAACAUCUGGGACUCGAACACCAAGGAGACCCUGUCCAUCAUCCGUGGCUUCCACUCUAAGGGUGUGUGCUAUGUCAACUUCAGUGCCACAGGAAAACUUCUCCUGACUGCUGGUCUAGAUGAUGAACAUUCCAUCGCAGUUUGGAGGUGGCAGGAAGGUACCAAGAUAGCCAGCCAAGGUGGGCACUCGGGAAGGAUAUUCGUGGCAGAAUUCAGGCCAGAUUCGGACAGCCAUUUCGUGACAGUGGGGGUGAAGCAUGUGAAGUUCUGGACGUUAGCUGGCAGUACACUGAUGGGGAAGAAAGGGGUGAUUGGCCCCAACAUGGCAGGAGAGGCCCGCAUGCAGACUAUGUUGUCUGUGGCAUUUGGAGCAAACAAUCUGACCUUCACAGGAGCAAUGAGUGGAGAUGUGUAUGUCUGGAGAGAAAACAGCUUGGUCAGACUUGUUGCAAAGGCACAUAAUGGCCCUGUCUUCACCAUGUACACUACACUACGAGAUGGGCUCAUCGUCACCGGUGGGAAAGAAAAACCGAGUAAGGAAGGAGGCCCUGUCAAGCUGUGGGAUCAGGAGAUGAAACGUUGCCGAGCCUUCCAACUGGAGACCAACCUGCCCGUAGAUGUGGUCAGGUCUGUCUGCAGGGGCAAGGGGAAGAUUCUGGUGGGAACAAAGGAGAGUGAGAUUAUGGAGGUUGGGGAGAAGAAUGCGGCAGCUCAUACUGUGGUCCAUGGACACUGUGAAGGGGAACUCUGGGGGCUAGCAGCACACCCAUCCAGGCAGUUCUUUGCUUCAGCAAGUGAUGACUGCACAGUCAGGAUAUGGGACAUAGAUAAUAAGAGCAUGCUCAGCAAAGUGAACCUGGGCACACCGAGCCGAUCAGUGGCAUACAGCCCAGAUGGAGAGAUGCUGGCUGUAGGGAUGAAGAAUGGAGAGUUCAUUCUGCUGACAGCAGCCAGUCUCAAGAUCUGGGGCAAGAAGCGAGACAGACGUCUGGCCGUGCAGGACAUCAGGUUCAGUCCUGAUGGGAAGUUCUUAGCAGUUGGUUCUGAUGACAACUGUGUGGAUUUCUACGACAUGACCCAGGGUCCAUCCCUGACCAGAGUGGGAUAUUGUAAGGGCAUCCCAAGUUUUGUCAUCCAGAUGGACUACUCACUGGAUGGCAAAUUCAUACAGGUUGCCACAGGGGACUACCACAGACUGGUGUUUGAUGUACCCACAGGGAAUCCAGUCACUGAUGCCAAUGCUAUAAACAAGAUCACAUGGUCUUCCUGGACCCUAGUCACUGGGGAUGAAGUCAUUGGCAUUUGGCCAAGAAAUGCAGAGAAAGCUGAUGUGAAUUCCUGCCAUGUGGCCCACUCUGGCCUCUCCAUGGGUACAGGGGAUGACUUUGGCAUGGUCAAGCUGUUUGAGUUCCCCAGCACAGAGAAAUAUGCCAAACACAAGAGAUAUGUUGGACACUCAGCCCAUGUGACCAAUGUACGAUUCACUUCAGAAGACAAGUACCUGAUAAGUGCUGGUGGGGAUGACUGCUGCCUCUUUGUGUGGAAAUGCCUGUGAUCCAAGCAACAACUGAAGUCUUAGUACUCUUACAGACUGCGUGCUUCCAGAGAUAUUUCCAUGUUGGGAUACAGAAAUAAUGAGAAGACCAUGUGACCUGGACUGCCUCUAACAAAUAGGGGCUUUACAACAUAUAUAUAUAUAUAUAUAUAUAUAUGUAGGAAGAAGCUUCCUAAAGAUCCAGAAAAAUGUAGUAUUACAUGUAGUUGUUGGUCCCUGCCUGAGGAUAGGGUAUCCCAUAGGUCAUCUUGGAAUCAAUGGAAAGGCAGGUUGAUACAGAAUCUUAAAGGUUCUGAAAUCCCUGCAACGUAGGCAAGUCUUCCCAGGUUUUCCUACUAAAAUGGGAAUAUUUCCAUGUAAGAACUACUUCUGUGUAAGGCUUUUCUCUCAGUGUGUUGUGCUUGUAUGUUGAUGCACGUUGCUUGAGCCAUGACCAGCCAACAUUACAAAAUUUGUUUGAUGACUUGCAUUGUAGAAGUGAGCUGAGUACUAGAUGUAAAGACAUUGCCAUGUUUUGUUGGCAGCAUAUUCUUACUGAUGUUGAAAACUAAUAGAAAUAACAAUGAUUUGGAAAUCCAGUGUGUACUUUUUUAUAUAAAACUUUCACCAAUGUUGCAGGAGUCCUAAACUGACUUCUCACAAAUUGAGAUUAAGUACCAAUUUUACUUAAGCAAUCCCACCACAGUUGGCAAAUAAUAGCUCUUGUUAACUCAAGGUACAUGUGUCUCCUCAACUGGCCUGGUCUACAAUUAACUUGUAUUGUUUCCAGUAGAUAUAUGACAGAACUAACCAAGUCUUAUUUUGGUUUUGUAGUGUUCCUACUUUGUAUUCAUACAAAAUGACAACUCCAGCAAUACUUGAUACAGUUUUCCAAGAUGUUAGACCAAUGCAGACAUCACUACAGAUGUAGAAGGCAGCACGUGUGCUUGCUUGUUUGUCUUUGCCUUACGCUGCUGCAUGACAUGCAUUGUGUAGCUGUGGUGUGUUUGUUUGGUGUAUAUACAUGUAGGUGUUGGAAAAUUAGGGCUAGUAGCUGGAGUGUCUGACAAAGGCUCAAGUAAACAUUAUGUUAAAGGACACUCUACCUUGCCACAUUUGGUGCUAGGAUGUAAGAGAUACCACCGGAAAGGCUGGACAAGGGAUAAGGAUUGUAUAGAAAUAUUGGACUUGGGUGCCAGAUUUAGAGGGUAAUAGCAAUCUUACAAUACAUGGGCAUUUUCCAAAGAAGUCUUGUAUGAUGAAACAUGAGCCAGCAUGUUGACAUCUGUACAAUCAUGAAUACAUAUGUUUACAUGUAUGCCUUGGAGUAACUGAUUUCUGUACUUGUGCAUGCCCUAGACAGAUGGAUUACCAUGGACAGAAUUAACAAAUUUCAGAGCCAUGAAGCACCAACAAUUGAUGUGUAAUUUUAUGGAAUUAUAUAGCAGAUAAACAAUGCAGACUGGCCCAAUGUAUACAUGUAGCACAUACAUGUAAUGUUACAUGUGAUAGAGAUGACAUGAUUAUUUGUGAAAGGAAGGACUGCUUUGUUUCAAUUUUCUACAUGUGGUUAUUCAUCUUAAAUGUGGCACAUCAAACUGUGUUGUGGACCUACAUUUUUGUUGUACCACAUGGUACAUUAUCUGGUACUACAGAUUGGAAAAAUCAGCUUCAUCACAGAAGCAUAUUAUACUGUUUUGAGUGCAAGUCUCAAUUCUAGAAGUAACGGGUCCUCAAUGUACUUAAAUUUCAGUUGGUGCACAAUUAUCCAUCAGUCUUUCUGUGGUACCAGUAGGUCCAAGGAACAUGUUACUUCAAGUGUUAGCAUGUGCACUAGUAGUUUGAGUCCAUGUUGACUAUUUAUGUACAUGUAGUGACAUUUUAUCCAGAGACAACCAAGAUGCCCAUUCCAUGCCAAUGGAUGUGACUUCUGUUACCAUUCCAUAUCUUUUUAUUCUCCUUCUAUGAGGGACAACUUUGAUAAACCAUGCACAGAUUAUACCAAUUCUGUUUACCUUGAAUUGAAACAGGCAGCCAUGGGGUUUAUUUUUGGUCUCAUUCUUGAACUGUCUUAGAGGUAGUGAUAAAUGGGUAGCAGAGGUUUAUCAACAAGAACCUUCAGCAGCUGCAAUCAAAUCAGUUGUACAUUUUGUGCUGGUGUAUAAUGUCAUUUUUCUGUAUACAAAGAGUCUACAAAGUUUUUGUAUGUAUGUCUUCUUCAUUGAUGCAGCUUACCAGUAGUGAGGCAAUAGGCAUUAGAUGUGUUAUGCUUGAUUAUAUGUAUUACAGGAGUGCAAAUUGAUGGUCAUAACCAGCUCAAGGCAUGUAUAAAUUUAUUCGUAAUGAGCAAGCCACAGUACAAUACAAUAAAACAAAUUGGUAAUGCUUUGGAUGACUUCUGUCAUUUUUUCUACACAUACCCUGUAACAUAAUUAAGACAGAAACCAACUGAUUGUAAUGCCUACCUGAAUUUCACAUAGGCUUUGAACAAACACUGUCCUCUGAUUUGAUUCAACAACAUGAUUAGGUAUGUCAGUAUAUUUACAUUCUUCACAACUCCCAGAUUUGAAAGAAAUGUAGGGUCAUGUUUGCUCUUUGCAAGGGAUGCUUUCCCUAUUUCCUGCUGAUAUGAAUAAAUUAUCCCGAUUAUCUUGGCAGCUUAUUUAAUAUUGAAUGCAAAGAUAUGACAGUGAAACUCUACCUUCAAAAAUGACUGCUGAAAAAUUGUGCAAAAUGUCCACCAUGAUAUCUGUCACUAUUGUGCUCAAAAUGCAAUUGUCUUCACAAUCACACCGAAAGAAAA